AAAGUCAUACAAAGGCAUUUUAGGGGGCAACCAAAUCUCAGAAGGGGAUAUAAAAGAAGAGCUGAGAUACAGCUGGGACCAUUCAUAGGAACCAUAUUUUAUUCUUUCUAGAGUGUUGGAGAUUAAGGGCUGUGAGGAUGAGACAUCUGCUACUGAUUAUGGGCUUGGCCCUGGUCUGUACUUUCCAGGCUAAGACUACUGAUUCAGUAGAUGACUUCGAUCUAAACAAGCUUGCAGGAAGGUGGUAUCCUUUAUUUUUGGCCUCCAGUGUGAAGGGAAGCAACUCUGCAGCUUUUAUUCACACUAUUAAAGUGAAAGCAGACAAACUGAUGCUUUAUUUCACCCUCAGGAGGAAUGGCAAUUGUAAGAAAGUGCCAGUAUUGGCUUACAGAUUGGAAAACAAUAAAUACAAACUCCAAUAUCCAGGCAACAAUGUACUCUAUCUGGAAGAUACUGACCCAAAGGAUUAUCUCCUGAUUUAUACAACUAAUGAGAUUUAUGGGAAAGAAACCAAAGGGGUGGAGCUCUAUAGUCGACAGAAAGGAAAAGUUUUGAAUCAAGGCAUAAAAAGCAAAUUUGAGCAACUUUACAUAUUACAUGGACUUAAAGAUGAAAAUGUCAUUGACCUCACCAAUAGUGAUCCGUGUUCCCACUUCUCAGAAUAAGGAAGUGGCACUAGCCAGCAGAUCAAAUUUCUGAAGUCCUUUCAACAUUUUUCAUAAAGCAUGAUUUUCAGGCUCCUCUAAAAUAAGUUGUCACCUUCUUGAAGGCCUCUUGAAAAGGUGGUGCCCAGAACUGGAAAAGCUGCAUUAUGAAGAUAGAAGACCCAGAUGUAAUGACUAAAACUGACAAUCUACAUUAUGUAACUUCAUUAGUGUAACCUAAACUUGUAAUAUUAUAUAUGGCAGUUACAUAGCACUUUUUCCUUAUAUUCAUUUCAAAUAAAAGCACCAAAACAGAAUUUGAAA